AUGGCUCGUGACGGGCAUGGGGCCUUCAGCUUCACCCCCAUCUUCAUCCUCAUGGUGGGACUGCUGUCCGCCACCCCGCUGCUGGCACAAAAUGGGAAGGGGGGCAAUGAAGGCAAUGAGCUACCAGAGGUGGACGAGUCCCGUAUCAUCGGUGGGAAGCCCUGCUCCAUCACCCAGCGACCUUUCCAGGUUGCCCUCAUCAAGAGGGGACAAAUCCUGUGCGGAGGAAGCUUGAUAGACGCCCAGUGGGUCCUGACAGCCGCCCACUGCAAGCAGCCAGGCAGGGACCUCAGGGUGUUAAUUGGGACGGACACGUUGCGGGACGGCACGGGGGAAGUGAGGAUGAUUUCACGGUUAAUCGUCCACCCGGCCUACAACCCCCGCAAGAACGACAAUGACUUCAUGCUCCUGAGGCUGAACAGACCCGUGCAGUUUAGCAACAACAUCAAGAAGAUCAGAUUGGCCACGAGGUGUCCCAUGGAUGGGAUGAGGUGCAGCGUGUCUGGCUGGGGCACGACCAAGUCCCCCGGAGCAAAGCUCCCCAGAAAUCUGCAGUGUGCCGGCGUCCAAGCCUUCGGGAAGGAUAAGUGCGCGAGGGCAUACGGGAGGUUGAUCACCCCCAACAUGUUCUGUGCUGGCGUCCCCCAGGGGGGCAUCGAUUCCUGCCAGGGUGACUCUGGGGGCCCGCUGGUGUGCAAUGGGGUGCUGCAAGGCGUGGUGUCGUGGGGCAUGGCUGUCUGCGGGCGCAAGGGGCAGCCCGGCGUCUACUCCAACGUGUGCCAAGCCGUGCCCUGGAUCAGGAGAUACAUCAGGGGGUAG